GCUUUAGCAAAAACUCAAUGAAGUUACCUGAUGUUACCUGAUGUCACCUGAUGGUGGCGUACAGUCAACAACAUAUGUUCAAACUACGUCAUUCAGCUGUUUUUAACAUGAUGGCGCUGUUGUGUCAGAAACUAAAGACAGUUGUUUUGGUUUUUGUUUUGUUUUUUUUUCUGCCAGAUAAACGUGACAAUGAACCCUCCAGGUCCGACCAAUCAGAGGAUCCUCCACGACCGAGAGCCGGGGGUCAAAGAGCACGUCCUGUCCAAGAGAGUGUGUUUUUAUAAGAGUGGAGACGCUCAGUUCAACGGUCUGAGGAUGGUCAUCAACAACCGCACCUUCAAAACCUUCGACGCCCUCCUGGACAGCCUCUCCAAGAAGGUUCCUCUGCCCUUCGGGGUGAGGAACAUCAGCACCCCCCGGGGGCUCCACGCCGUCUGCUCAUUGGACCAACUGGAAGACGGGAAGUCCUACAUCUGCUCUGACACCCGAAAAGUCAAGCCCAUCAACCUGACCAAAGCCAGGAAGAAGUUGCCGCCGUGGUACCACGCCAGGCCCGUCAGCGCCCGCCGUCAGACCGUGCAGCAGAUCCGACGGUUCCCCGACCGCGGCGUUCACAGACACCAGCAGGCGGUGCUGCGGACCCCGAAAAAGUUGGUGGUUUUCCGCAACGGAGAACCGGCGGUGAGACGCACGGUGGUUCUUCACAGGAGGAGCUGGCCGACGUUCAGCUCCAUCCUGGACCACGUCUCAGAGCUGAUGCAGUUCCAUGUGGUCAAACUUCACACACCUGACGGCCGACGGGUUGACGGUCUCCCAGGUUUGAUCAUGUGCUCUGGGACUGUAGUGGCUUCGGGCAGAGAACCCUUCAAGUCCGCUAACUACAGCGCAGAGAAAUCGCCGGCUCCGACCAGAGUUUCUAACAAAAGGAAGAGUCUGAAGAAACUCAGGUCUUUAAACCGUAAGUUGAACCAAACGGUGCAGAGUUUGGGCUGUGGAGGUUCAACAGACGUUGGUUCAAACGGCACUCGCUCAGCGCCGUCGCUAAUCUGCCUGCACUCAUGGGAUGAAGACUGGGAAAACAUCAUCACGUCAGCUGUUGAAGCUCUGUCUAACUCCUGUUUUUCCUUCUCCUUUUUUCUUAAAGGAACGAAGAAGACUCUUUCACUCAGUUCCCAGUCCAGGAUUUUCUCUCCGUCGUCGGAGAGUUACAUGGUCAACCGGAUCCACAGCUCCAUUGCGGAAAGCUCGUUGGACCGCCGUCUUCCCACGGACCCGGCAAACUCUGCGGACUUUGAGUCCAGCCACAUGCCGGAGUCGUUGGCGGGGACGGAGGUCGACACCUGCGUCGUGGACGGAGCCGAGGGUCAGGACUGCACGCUGCCGUCAGAGGACGACAUCGAGAAGUCCUUCAGGGUCAACCAGGACGGCAGCAUGACGGUGGAGAUGAGGGUCCGCCUGACCGUGAAGGAGGAAGAGACCGUCCACUGGACCACCACUCUGUCACGCUCGUGUGUGGCCAAUCAGGUCAACGAGGGCAGUUUCCCGGAGGUCGAGGCGGAGCGGGACAUCUGCUCAGAUUUACCGACCCCUGAACCCUCGGACGACCCCCUCCUCCAGGACAGAACUGACCUCGACCGCGAUGAGGAUCCACCGUACCUGAACAACGAGGCGGUCUACGAGAACAACAAUGAGUCGGAGCACGUGGUCGGGCCUCACCAGACCAGCACCACCUACAGGCAGAUCAGAGAGCAGCAGGCCUCCAUGGAGACCAUUAAAACAAUGACUCCUGAAGGGAUUCAGGAGGACGUUCUUGGCUCCUAUUCAUACAAAGAACAUAUUGAAAACGGAGACACACCAGAGGCAGCGAGGACAAAGGAAAGUUCCGGGGAGGCACGUGGGUUCAACGCUGCUGCGGAGGAGGAAGAGGAGGAGGAGGAGAAAUCUGCAACAAAAUCACAGCAGAGUCUUCAAUCCGACCGUGAGACGUCGUCUGUCAAACUGAAAAUCCAGCGCUUCGAAAACAAAUCCCAUUCCUCCAACAUGAAGACAGCGGCGGAGCAGGAGGACGAAACCGAUUCAAACCAAAGAACCAUCACAAACACAGAACAUCAGAACAACUUGGUUGUAGGAACUGCACCAGACGUGGACCAAUCAAAGAGCGAACACUGCCGGGCGGAUGGAUCCUCAAAGGCCAGCAGCUCGUUUGACAGGCUUUCAUCAAUGAGCAGUAAAACGUCCAAUCACCAGCCCUCAUCUGUCACAUCCACCUCUGACCAGGUCACAUCAGCCAAUCACCACUUGACAAACACCGUGUCCCAAAACGAAGCUUCGUUAUCGAAACAUCAACCCAUUAAAAAGGUGCCGCUGAUCAGCGACCAGUCGUUUGAAAGAAAGAUGUCCCUCAGAAAGGCUUCUCUGCACAGGUUCACUCUGGGUUCUGAUGCAGAGUCAGAUGGAACCACGUCAUCGGUACCGAUCACCAGCGUCAGUGAUCGCUCCGAUGUUCCACCAAGUCCGAAAAAGACUCAGAAUUCAAACAGCGUCUGUGAUUUAAAAACCAUCCCGUCACGUUGUCCCCCGGCAUCACGGUCCAGUACGACGUCAGGACUGUCCUCCAUCAGCAUCUCAUCAAGUGGACAUUCAAAUCUGGACGAUGUCCCACCUGUAGAGACGGACACGUCAACGUCACCCGUGAAAAAAGAGCCAAUAAAAAGCAGCCCGGACCCGAAGAGAAAACCCCAAAGUGAAGACUGGACGAGGUCAUUUCGAGGUCACCGUCCAGAUAAAGUCGUAUCAACAAAUGGAAUACAACCAAAUGCCACGCCCACCCGGCAGCAGCAGCAGCAGCAGCAGCGGAGGAGGAAACUUCAUCAAGACAAACUGCAGCAGAGAGCAUCUCCGUAUUCUCAGUCUCUGGACUUGGCGUCACCACCGGUCAGACACAGGUCCAUCAGGAAGACGUUGUCCAGAAGCCUGUCCUCUGACGUGUCCUCAGAGCCUGAAAAAAGGACAAGGAGGAAAACACUGAGCAGAAAACAUCACCAAAAACCACAGACAGAUGGCGUUAUCGCCGCAAACCAGCUCCACACAAAAGCGGUGUUGGAAAAAAUUUACUUCUCAAUAAAUAAAAUCAAUCAAAUCACACAGUCCAGGCCGCCUGACUACCCCGCUCAUGUGGCCGCUACAUUCGGCUCUCCAUCAAAUACUCUCCUGGUUUUCUUGUCCAUCAUGAGCGUAAAAGAAGGUCUGACCAACUUCGAUGCAGGAAAAUGGAAUGCAGCCCACGUCAGCUGCUCCGAGGCUCUGCAGGUGAUCGAUUCUCUCAGGGAAAUUGCCGGCGUUGAGGAUUCCCAAAAGAUGAAAACUAGUUUGUCAAAUCUCCACCGGUCUGCGUCCGAGCAGCUCCUCCAAAGUUGGACGGACUUUCAAAAAAUCUGCGAUAAUUACGACUGCGGCAACAGUUUGUCUAGAGACGAAACCCUAACUAAUUACGACUGCGGCAACAGUUUGUCUGGAGGCGAAAGAAGCGACGGUGGUCCAGAUCAGGAGCGUUUCGUCAACCAGGUCAUUGGUGACCUUGACCUCCCAGAAAAACUCAAGAAGGAGUUAGCAUCUCUUUCAGGAGCUAACAUGAACGUCAGAUCCAACAGUCUCAGAGCUGACGUAAAACCAACGAACCAGGCAACUAAUCACGAUCAAUCUGAGAAGGAAAUACAGCAUUACGUUGAGCUGAACAUCACCAGGAAACGACCGUCUUUGACGAGAAAAGAUCAACCAGUGGAACCAUGUCGAGAUUCAACAGAUCCUGAAAAUUCUGAGACCGGGCCAAAAAGUCAUAAACCAAUCAGAGGAUUAGGUGAUGGAGCUAAUGGAGGCUCAGGUAACUCAGAUGAAGAUCAGCUGGAAGUUGAAUGUGAGGAAGGAGAGGGCGGAGGAGAGGGACGUCUGUCCGAGACCAGGUCAGAGAAGGAGCGCGUCAGUUCAUCAGAUCAGGAGGACACGGAGGUGAAAAGUAAAAAACUAAAGGCUUUGAUAGAAGAGAUCGAGGAAGAUGAGGAACCGUAUGCUGAUGAACUGAGAAGAUCAGACACAGGUGGUCUUCAAACUGUUAAUGGAGGUCUGGGCAGUGACCAGAAUAUUAGUUUGAAAAACGGCAACAGUUGCUCAUCCAGCUCAGAGAGGGAAAUGCUGAAUAAACAUAGACACAGGGUAGGGGGCGGUAAAGAACAUCAGGAAGCCCCGGUAUCAGAAACCCAGUUUGAAGUCACGAUAUGUGAAGAUGAUGCAAUUAAAGCCAAAGAGGAUUCCGUUAAAGGAAUAUCCCAGUCUGUCGCAGAAAGGAUAAGCCUCCUGGAAAAGCACGUCGCCGAGUCGGAGAAAAGGAAAAAUGUUCCAGAAACUCCUGCGACUCGACGUCUUUCGCAGAAAUGCAUCACGGACUCUGACGCUGAAAACCUUUCAUCGGAAUCCCCGUCAUCUCAGUCGGGUCUCUGCACCAGAUCAGCUCCCCAGUCAUCACUGUCCUUCAGCUACGAUUCCAGUGGCGUGAUCACCACCGAGCCCGAAGGCCGAGUCCGAUCCAUUCGAGAAAUGUUCCUCGCAAAGAGCGCGACGGAUGUUCAGCACGGAUCCAAAGGCUUCUCCAGUCCAAACUUAACUGAAACUUCAGGGAGUGAUGACUAUCAGAGCCAGACGUCGGCCAAGCUCUCUGGCAGUGAAGAAGAUCCAGCACGAAACUUCAUCACCAAAGGCUUUGUGAGGAGAACCAUCGAGAGGCUCUACGGCAGGAAAGAUCAGGACGAGGACGGCGAAAGGCCGUCGUCGGCACCGAAGCAGAAGCCGAGCUCCAGCAUUUUCUCUUCCUUGAAAAUGGCCCGAUCCAGGAAAAUGUCAGAACUGACUUAUUUCUACUCCACUAACGCACUCGACACCUUAACAGAAGCAACACGAUGCAUUGCCUUCAAUGCACAGGUGGAGCCCGAAGACGACAUUGAUAACGGACAGUGGCUUCUGAGAGAAAACACGCCGACGAUCAGAAAAUCUUUUUCAGAUCCGGCUGGAAUAUACACGACCUUCUCCAACUCUCCUCAGAUCGAUGGAACUGAUGACGGUACGAGUGCAAACCCAGGACCACAUGACAAGGAAAACCCCAUCUCCAAAAAGUGCACAUACUUUUCCUUGCCGCACACGAGUGACUCAGAUUUCGGUCAGGACGACACAAACGUAGUCGACAACGGCAUCAGAGACGCAACGGAAAACUCACAGGAGUCCGAGGUGAAGGCGGAGAGGAACGGCAUGUUGCCUGGAGGUGGCGUGACUGACUUUAAAAUGAAGGACAACAAAGUUCAUCCAAUGGUGGAGGUUCCCCCCGAUGGUGAGGUGGUAGUGGUGCAGCCUGGGAAAGGUCAGGGUGCAGUGAACAGGAGGCUUCAAGAUCCCGACAUGUUGGACGUCUUGUACAACUUUUGUGGCGAACAUUGUCCCAUCUUAUGAUCAACCUUUCAGAAGUCAAAGGUCGAUCAAAUGAAUUCAGAGGACAUGCUGGACCAAAGAGAUAAGAGCUAGCUCCUCCAAAAAAGUUUCUCCUAGUACUUGUACGGUUUCUUAAGGACUAAGUUGUUGCUAAUUGCCUUUUUUAUGCUUAAAAUUUAGAAACGAUGUCAAGAAGCAGCGUAGAAACGGUGAUCAACACAUAACGCAGAAAAUGGAACCUGAAAUGUCAUUUCUGUGAAGCUUUCUUGCUAACAGCAAAAACCCCAAUUCUCCAGCAGUUGGAGACUUUAAAGGAUCGACUCAUACUAUUUAUUUUGUGAUUAGAAAAACACAACAGUACUGCCAUGUCAUGUAUUAAGAAGUACCACAAAUAUUUCCUGGUGUAUAGUGAGUGUACGCUGUUAGGAUUCUCUGUCUUUGAUCGUAUUUUCCGGUGCCUACAGUUUGACAUG